AUGCACGGCCUUGUUACUCGAGGUUUUGGACUGCUGGACCCGUGGACGGUGCGCUCAACUGAGGGCCAACGCUGGGCGGCGGCAUCUUGGCGCCGAGUUGGGACGUUGGAGCGACGUCGCCAUCUCCAAAGCGGCUUAGUCAGCGCACAUCGGCGUGUGCCUGAGCGGCCGGGACGGAUUCGGCUGCUGGUUGUCGUGCUGGGUGGUGGCUGGCUGGCGGCACCCGUGGCAGCAGCAGCGACAGGAGAGAGGGGGGUUCACGGCGUUGGCGUCGAGCGAGGAUGUGAAGAGGGUUGCUGUCACUGGUGCUGGUGCGGCUUCUGGCGCUCUUUGUGCAUAUCGGCAGCCAGCCUCCGCCCUCUUCCAUCAGCACAAGCUGCAAGGUACCUUACCCAUCAUCAUCAUUCGCCGUAG